CACACACACACGCUGAUGACCCCUGACCUCUUUGAGGUCGCUCUGUGUGUGCGACAGAGUUUAAAAGCAGGACUCCUCAGCCUCCCUCCUCAUUCUUCCAUCACAGCCAUGUUCACUCGUCUCCUCUCCUCUCUUCCUCCCUUCAUCUCCCCUCUGUCCCUCCCUCCCUCCUUCCUCCUCGUCUUCUUCAUUGUUGCUGCGGUUGUCUUUUUCUUGAGCGUCUACCAAACCAAUCCUCCGUCCUCUCGUCCUCCAGCUCGGGGCUCCAUCCCCUGCCUGCCGACGCUCCCCGUCCUGGGCAGCCUCCCCUGGCUGGGAGGAGGCCUCCCUCCGCACCUCCUCUUCAGCCGACUGGCCCGCAGGUACGGGUCUCUGUUCGCUCUCUACCUGGGUCCUCACUACACUGUGGUCGUCAACGACCAUCGACACGCCAAAGAGGUCCUGCUGCAGAGAGGACGAGACUUCGCCGGACGGCCGAGCAUGGUGACCACCGACCUGUUGACCCGCGGAGGCAAAGACAUCGCCUUCUCAGACUACACUCCUCUCUGGAAGUUCCACCGCCGCCUCGUCCACAACUCCUUCACUCUGUUCGGAGAAGGGACGAGUCGUCUGCAGGACAUCGUUCUGUCCUCUGUGGACAGUCUGUGUGCCGAGCUGUUGUCUGGUGGACGGCAAGGCUUCGACCCGUCUCCCGCGGUGACCAGGGCCGUCACCAACGUGGUUUGCACGCUGGUGUUCAGCGCCACCUAUCGCCAUGGCGACGCCGAGCUGCAGGAAGUGAUCCGAUACAACGACGGCAUCGUGCAGACGAUCGCCAGAGGAGGACUGGUGGACAUUUACCCCUGGAUGAAGGUCUUCCCUAACAAGUGUCUCAGUAAGCUGAAGGACUGCAUCAGCGUCAGAGACAGACUGCUGUCCCAGAAACUGGAGGAACACAAGGCGUCUCUGAGUGACGGUGACCCCCGCGACCUCCUGGACGCCUUGUUAAAGGGAAAGAUGGACAGCAGGCAGGGUCAAAGGUCGGCUGGGUCCGAGGAGGAGAGGAUAAGUGACGACCACGUCCUGAUGACAGCAGCCGAGGCGUUUGGAGCCGGAGUGGAGACGACGUCCACGACGCUGCUGUGGAUCCUGGCGUACCUGCUGCACCACCCUGAGGUCCAGGAGCGCGUGCAGAAGGAGCUGGAUGAACACGUGGGCAGCGAGCGAGCGGUGUGCAUGUCGGACCGCGGCCGGCUGCCGUACCUGGACUGUGUCAUCAACGAGGGCAUGAGGAUCCGACCGGUCAGCCCCGUGCUGAUCCCUCACACCGCCAUGACGGACAGCAGUAUCGGAGGUCACUCUGUCAGGCGUGGGACUCGAGUUUUGGUCAACAUGUGGUCGAUUCACCACGACCCCGAACACUGGGACAAACCCGACCUCUUCAACCCAGAUCGUUUCCUUGACGACCAGGGCCAGCGGGUCGCACCCUCCUGCUUCCUGCCGUUCGGGGCGGGGCCUCGAGUCUGCGUCGGCGAAUCGUUGGCCAGGCUGGAGCUCUUCCUCUUCUUGUCCUCUCUGCUGCAGCGAAUGAGCUUCAAGCUGCCGGACGGGGCUCCCCCGCCCAACCUGCAGGGGCGGCUGGGUGUGGUCCUGCAGCCGUUACCUUAUAAGGUCGUUGUCACUCCGAGGGCGGGGUGGGAGGGCGGGGCAAAAUGA